CGAGCUCGCUCGCACGCCGCGGCCGAGCACCGCCACCAGGCACCAUGGCCUCCUCCUUCCUCUCCCUACGCCUCCCCACGCCCUCCCCCGCACCCGCGCCCUCUCCCUUCAUCUCCCCGAACCCCCUGGUCCGGUCCGCGAGGUGCGGCGCGCCGUCCUCGGCCCUUGUGGCGCGUGUUUACGGUUUCGGGUCGGCGGCGGGGGCUCCGUCGCCGUUGUUCAACCCGAAGGGCGACCCGUUCCUGUCCACGCUAGCCUCUGCCUCGCCGGAGCGCCUCGAGGCCGCUGCGGGCGGCGAACACCGCGGCGAGGACCACCUGCCGUUCCUCGAGAUCUUCCAGAACGCCAAGCUCAUGUCUACGCCCGCACAGGUGGAACGUUCUAGCAGCUCAUACAGUAUGCACAGGCCUAGAAGGCCUCCCCCAGAUUUGCCAUCAUUGCUUCUACAUGGUCGAAUUGUUUACAUUGGCAUGCCGUUGGUUCCAGCAGUUACUGAGCUCAUUGUUGCCCAGUUGAUGUACCUUGAUUGGAUGGAUAGUAAUGAACCUGCAUACAUAUACAUCAACUCAACAGGAACAGCUCGUGAUGAUGGUGAACCAGUUGGGAUGGAGACAGAAGGCUUUGCUAUCUACGAUGCAAUGAUGCGGAUGAAAACUGAGGUCCACACACUUUGCCUAGGAGCUGCAGCAGGUCAUGCUUGCCUUGUACUUGCAGCAGGAAAGAAAGGCAAACGAUAUAUGUUUCCUCAUGCCAAAGCUUUGAUUCAGCAACCUCGUAUUCCUUCAUAUGGGAUGAUGCAAGCAUCUGAUGUUGUUAUUCGUGCGAAAGAGGUCGUGCACAACAGGAACACCUUGGUCAAACUUUUAUCAAGACACACUGGAAAUCCACCGGAGAAAAUAGACAAGGUGAUGAGAGGACCAUUCUAUAUGGAUUCCUUGAAAGCCAAGGAGUUUGGGGUCAUUGACAAGAUCCUCUGGCGCGGUCAGGAGAAGUACAUGUCUGACAUGCUCUCCCCUGAGGAUUGGGACAAAGUUGCUGGAGUGAGAGGCCCUGGCGGAAUGUGAAGUUGUACACUGGAUUCUAGAUACCAAGUUAGGCCUCAAAGCUCGCCUCUAUAAAAAAAGGCCUCUAAACUCGCAGGGGCUGAAAGCAACCAU